UACGAACAGAUAAUACUGGAACUAUGACAAGUGGCAAGAUACCACGAAAUACUACUAUAGAAAGAUGGCUUAUAGAAUUACAGGACAUGAAUUAUACUUUGGAACGAAUACCUGGAAGAGACAAUAAUAUAGCAGAUUGGUUAUCAAGGCAUUUAGGACAAACAAAAGAUUCUGAAGAAAUACCACUGAAACUAAAGAUACAACCAAAACAAGAAUUACAAAAAGAUUAUAAAGAAAAACAAGGAUAA